CGGGUUUAUGGCUUUACGAGCGCCCUCGCAUGGUGGCUAGAGGAGACACAGCAGAAAACCUACCCGAACCUGAGUAAGAUGGCUGUGGAUAAACUGUCAAUUCCUGCAAUGUCUGCGGAGCCGGAGCGGCUCUUCUCUGGGGCGAAGAUAACGAUUACAGACCGUCGAAAUCGACUUGGGAGUGAUGUCAUUGAGGCAUUGGAGUGCCUUAAAUCAUGGUGUGGGAUACGAGAUUUCCAGGGUGACGAGAUUUGAACGGGUCACGUGGAAUAUAUUGCAUGUAUUGUCACACUGCCAAUAUAUUAGCUUCUUGGCAAUACAUAUAAUACGAGUCAUGUUCAUAUUGGAUAAUACAAUAUGCGCCCCUUGACAAUACAAUAAUAUUGCGAGGGGGUUCAUAUUGCCAAUAUCGUAUUGUUUAUAUUAUUAGCAACACUGGUUUUUGAAAUGUGGGUUAUAGAGCAUCUGAUCAGAAACUCUAUUUCUCGACCAUAUGCCUUUUUUAGCGGCCCAAAACACCCAACAUCAAGAGGCUGAAGUAGGUGAGAUGCA